ACUCGAGCGAGUACGAGAGAGAGAGGAGGAAGAUGAGCGUGUUCGGAGGGGAUAGCUGGGCGAGAGAAGCACAGCACAGGAAGAGGAGAGUCGAUGAUGUUUUGGUGGAAGGGCUUCAUGCGUCUGCUUACAAGAAACUCUCCAAUGGAAAGUACGCAUGCUUGGUUUGCCCCCACAAUCCAAUUAUUGAUUCCCUCCUUAUGUUCUCUAUGCAUUGCAAGGGCUCGCGACAUUGUAAGGCAGAGUCCAAGCUGAAGGAAAGAGAAUUGGUGAGGCAAGAUGAGAUAAAUAAGAGAAUAGCCUUCUCGGACUGUUCUACCGCCACUUCCAACUCUAUUAAACCAUUGGUUGAACAUACAAGGAAAGCAACUUCAGACAUACUUCCAAAUAUAACUUGUCAACAGAGUUCAGAGAGUUCAAAUUGUGAUUUGGAGUUGGCCAGGGAGCAUGCACUAAAUGUAGCGGCCAGUUCUAUGAGAAAUAGUUCUUUUCCUCAAACAGUAGCGUCCGAAAAGGUUGUCACAGAACGAGUGCUGGAUUUCCGGGAACGUCGAGAGAUAGAGCUCAAGUUCAUUGCUGCAGGUUGGAAGCGUGAUUGCAAUGGGAAAUGGUAUAAAGACGAGAAUGUUGAGUUCGACUCGGACGAAGAGGAUCCAAAUGUCUGUCUUGCUUGAAAGUUCGUCAAGGAUCUGAAACCACAAAUCUCAUCGAUGAGCUUGAAGUGGGUGAAUAUGCAAAUGAGGUAUUAUUUACUUUUUUUGUAUCUUUUUAACGUAUGAAUUGUGUAAACUCUUGUAAUAAAAGGCUAUGAUUGUGAAGUGCACAAAAAAAGGUAAAAGGCUAAUUGACAUAGGAAACAGAUUGAGAGUCCCUUAUAGGUUUAGUGGGUAAUCAUUAAUCCCCCACAACUAUGUUAUUGCACUUAUGUGCCACUCAACACGGUUGGCCAUCAUUAGAAACACUAAAAAAAGACACUUGAUUUGUGUGAUUGUAUGAUACAGUAAUGAUACAAUAAGCCACAAGACAUACAUGUUCAAUCUUA